AUAAAAACACUGUUAUUCCCAACAGUCAAUCACUUUUAUGAGAUGGUAAAAUUUACCUACUACUUGUUUGUCGUAUCGAUAAUGUGUAUAGUUUUGACUUAUUGUACUACUAUUGAAUACGGGAUACUUUUCCACAUUAUUAUGCUUAUUUUGAUAUACUUCAUACUGUGUACAUUAUACCUUUGCACAGAAGCAUUUCACUUUCUAACAUUCCUACUGGCUGCCCAACGCUGUCUAAUUUUCUUUUUUCCAAGUUCUGAGAAGCAUGUGGUUUUGUUUCAAAAACGUUUGUUCAAGUAUAUCUGGCAGGUGUAUUCUUUCUGCUUCGUUAAAGAGAUCGUGCUUCUUCUAAUUUUCUGCUCAAACCGUAAAAACCAUCCUAUUAAUUUUGAAAUGUAUUCUCUGGUAGUUAUUGCGUUAUUCUAUGCGUUAUUAUUUCUUUCAACAGCAUUUUAUAUUCCAAUUAUUUUCAAUGCUCGGAGAAUGUUCUCAGCUCAAAGCUGUGCAAUGCAAAAGUACAUUUAUACACAGACCCUAACAGUGUUUAUAUGCAAAUCGAUAGCCUUAUCAAUUUUCAUAUACCUAAUCACUUUUGGCACGUAUCCACCAUCUAGUUAUGCUGUUCUCAUUGUAGCAACAGACAUUGUCACAACUCCUCUAAUAGUCCAAAUAUCGUAUUUGGGAAGUAACCGUUGGAAAUUGAAACCUAAAGCAAAAUUUUCGUUGAGCAGAGUUUUGAGAGUGCUGUGUGAUGUCAAGAAGCCUUCGGUUAUUGCGCCUAAAUUUUGA